UCUCCUCCUCCAUCUCCUCCUCCAUCUUCGGCUUGGGCGCUCUGCCAUCGCAGCCCGCCUUUGGCUGCAGUCCCGAACAAUCAACCGUCUGGCUCUGCCCUGCGUCGCCCUCUCGUCCUCUCUCCCGUCGCAUCUCCCCCCCACACACCCCCUUUCGCCGUCACACCCAGGAUGGCCCCGCUCACGAGCCUGCUGCUGUUCCUGGGCAUCUCGGUGCUGCCCGCUUUGCGUAGCGUCGAGGCCGCUGGCCAGGGACGACACAUGAUCAUCCAGGGCGGCACCCCACAGGCUCUGGCCCGUGUCCAGGUCUUCCAGCAGAGCACCUGCAACCAGAAUGUCGCCGUCGGCUCCUCAGACUCGUGCUGGUCGAUCGCCGAGGCCGCUGGCAUCACCGUCUAUGACCUCAAGGCCCGCAACCCGAUGCUGGACUGCACCAACCUGCGGAGUGUCUCGCAGGUCUGCCUCAGCGCCCCACCUCUCGAGAACGUCGUCUACAACGGAACCUGCGUGUACCUCGACAUUGUCAGGAACGGCGAUUCGUGCAACAUCAUCGCCAACCGCAACGGCGUCCAGGUGUCGGAUAUCAUCAGCGCCAAUCUCAUCAACUGCAACCAGCCCACGGUCGGCCAGUCCGUCUGCAUCCCCUCGGUCAUUGUCGGUCUCUCUCAGCUUGGUCUUGGCCAAGGCGGCACCGUCGUCCCCCUCAAGCCAGGCUCAUCCAUCAGCCUGCCCGGCUGCGUUAAUGCCACCGUCACGAGCUCAAACGACACCUGCACCUCGCUCGCAAACUCGGCCGGCGUCACCGUGCUGAGACUCAGUCAGCUCAAUAGCCAGAUCAACAACACCGUCUCCUGUGCCAGCCUGAGCGCAGGCACCCCGGUGUGUCUCAAGAUCGAUCCCUCGAUCAAGUCCAUCAACAACGGAGGCUCGGCCGACGUCAUCGGCUGCAACGGCUACUAUCCGAUCGCCCGUGGCGACACUUGCGCGUCCAUCACCACCAAGCUCAACUUGACCUUCUCAAGGUUGCUUGACAUGAACCCGCAAAUCAACUGCUUCGGCCUGCAGCCCGAUUCGGUCAUCUGUUCCAGCAAGAACGCCAGCGCAAUCACCCAGAGCCAGAUCUGGCCCACACCGACCUUCACGACCUCGGGCCUGAGCUCGAUCCCUGGCUGCACCGUGGCCGUCGUUGUCUCGGCCAACGACACUUGUCCGUCCAUCGCCCACGCCGUCAACAUCACCCUGCAGGAUCUCAACAAUCUCCAGUCGUCGCCAAACUUUGACUGCCACUCGCUCAAGGUCGGCAGUCUCGUGUGCGUGUCCAAGUCGCCUCCCUCGCCAGCCCUGCAGAGCAUCAUCUCGAAACAGUCGCCCACGCCCAAUCCAAGCGCCAGCUCCACCUCCACCGCUCAUGCGCCGAGCCAAACCACCGAUGGGGCGCCAGCUCCGCAGCCCACGUCGGCGGCUCCUCCUCCACCCCCUCCUCCUCCGCCGCCACCACCACCGCCGCCGCCGCCGCCGCCGUCGCAGGGCAACUUUGGCUCGGUCAGCAUUGACGAGUGCCUCAGCGUCCACAACGCUUUCCGUGCCGAGCACGGCUGUCCCGGCCUUUCCUGGGACGACGGCCUGGCUCAAACGGCCAUGGGCAACACCAACGACUACAUCGGCGCUUGCUACCUUGGCGACCACGACUUUGCCUUCCAGAACUUGGCGAUGAUGUCGGGCGACAUUGGCUUCUUUGGCAUCCCAUCCAUCGGCAGUGUCAUCAACGCUUGGCACUCGGAAGGACUGCAGCUCAACCCCGACGGAACAUGCCAGUACAACCACUACAGUCAGCUCAUGUGGUGCAAUGCCCGACUGGUUGGCUGUGCCCAACAAUCCACCAGCUCCUGUGUUAUCACCGUGUGUGACUAUGACCUCGGCAACGUUGCUGGACAAAUGCCCUACUAGUGAUCCUACUCUGGCCUAUACACGUCCUGUCCGUCUCUCGUCCCUUCUACGAUUCCCGUCAACUCUUUGUCUCCAGCACCGCCAUGCCCUGGAUUUUAUCUUCGAUGGUCGCUCUGCUCUAUUUCUCUCUUCUUCUUCUUCUGGCUCGUGAA